CGAUCCCCCGUGUAAGAGUGAGGUGGAGGAGGACAUUCCAGGAGAUGUCACCACAGAAAACCUGAAUAUGAAUUCUGAUGGAAAGUUCAUGUUAUCACUAAAUAUUAAAGCAGAAAAUGAAGAUAUCAUGCAGCACUUUUCAGGAGAAAACCUAAUUUCCUUUAACCUACAUUCCGGAUUUCACAGUACAGAUCUGUCAUAUAAUUCCACUAAUUAUGACGAACCUUGUCCUGAUAAAUCACACAUUGCUACCCCAAGUAGAGGUCAGAAAGAGGGUUACAGGUUUCUCAGUAGUAAACCAUUCUCAAGGCUUUCAAUACAGAGCAGAAUUCACACAGGGAAGAAACCAUGGUCCUGUUCAGAAUGUGGAAAAUGUUUUACCCAGAAAUCACAUCUAGUUAAACAUGAUAGAAGUCACACAGGAGAGAGACCAUAUUCAUGUUUAGAAUGUGGGAAAUGUUUUACACAAAAAUCAAGUCUUGUUAUACAUCAGAGAAGUCACACAGGAGAGAAGCCAUAUUCAUGUUCAGAAUGUAGGAAAUGUUUUACAUGUAAAUCAUCUCUUGUUAAACAUGGGAGAACUCACACAGGAGAAAAGCCGUAUUCAUGUUCAGAAUGUGGAAAAUGCUUUACAGGUCAAUCAAAUUUUGUUAAACAUGGCAGAAUUCACACAGGAGAGAAGCCAUAUUCGUGUUUAGAAUGUGGGAAAACUUUUACAGAUAAAUCAACUCUAGUUAUACAUGAAAGAAUUCACACAGGAGAGAAGCCAUAUUCAUGUUCAGAAUGUGGGAAAUGUUUUACACAAAAAUCAGGUCUUGUUUUACACGAGAGACGUCACAAAGGAAAGAAACCAUUUUGAUGACAUAUUUUAUGGACCUCUCUAGUCAUUAUGAAAAAUACAGACAUUGACCUGUUUAAGAAAGAUGGUUUUGUUAAUAUGCAGCUGCCGUGCUGUUUAUGCCACCAUUAAUGUUAAAUGAAUCGAAGCAUGCAAAACUGAAUUCGAUCCGAAGUUUAGGAAAAACUUGAUUAACCGCA